GUGUUCGGUCUGCGCAGCAUAGAAACGCCCGCAGUUUCGGGGAACGAGUUCCCGUGGGACCAAAUUAGGCAUUCUGAACCCAAGCCGGGUCAGCUGGGCCGAACCAGGCGCUGCCGCUGGUACAGUUUUGGUGGCGGUGACAGACGCUGCUCUUGACCGUAGGGGCCUCUUAGGCCAACAUCUGAGGCGCAGAUCACUGGCUCUCGACGCAUCCUCUUCCCCGCUCACAUCUCCUGUCUUCCUUCCUGGGCCAGCGAUUCCCAGAGCCUGGGAAGAGGGUGGCUAAUGAUUCAGGCCUUCCUUAAAGUUUCCCAUGUCUCAAUGGACUCCUGAAUAUAACAAGCUGUACACCUUAAAAGUGGAUAUGAAGAGUGAGAUUCCUUCUGAUGCACCAAAGACACAGGAGAGUCUGAAAGGGAUCCUGUUGCAUCCAGAGCCCAUUGGGGCAGCCAAAAGUUUUCCUGCUGGAGUUGAGAUGAUUAAUAGUAAAGUGGGGAAUGAAUUCUCUCAUUUGUGUGAUGAUUCUCAAAAACAAGAGAAGGACAUGAAUGGUAACCAACAAGAGCAAGAAAAAAGUGUUGUUGUGAGGAAGAAACGCAAAAGCCAGCAGGCUGGCCCUUCAUACAUGCAAAAUUGUGCUAAGGAGAACCAGGGAAUAUUAGGAUUGAGACAACACCUAGAAACACCAAGUGAUGAAGAUAAUGAUUCCUCUUUUAGUGAUUGUCUGUCUUCUCCUUCAUCUAGUCUACAUUUUGGAGAUUCUGAUACUGUGACUUCAGAUGAGGAUAAAGAAGUCUCUGUAAGACAUUCCCAGGCAAUUUUGAGUGCUAAAAGUAGAACUCACAGUUCACGGUCCCAUAAGUGGCCUCGGACUGAGACAGAAUCCGUUUCAGGAUUGUUAAUGAAAAGACCCUGUUUUCAUAGCAGUUCAUUAAGGAGACUUCCAUGCAGAAAGAGAUUUGUGAAAAAUAAUUCCUCACAGAGGACACAGAAACAAAAAGAGAGGAUAUUAAUGCAGAGGAAAAAACGAGAAGUGUUAGCCCGAAGAAAAUAUGCAUUGCUCCCCAGUUCUAGUAGUUCCAGUGAGAAUGACCUCAGCAGUGAAUCCUCUUCCAGCUCAUCAACUGAAGGAGAAGAAGAUUUGUUUGUUUCUACCAGUGAAAACCACCAAAACAAUCCAACUGUUGCCUCAGGAAAUAUUGAUGAAGAUGUUGUGGUGAUAGAAGCUUCCUCCACUCCCCAGAUCACUGCCAAUGAAGAAAUUAAUGUUACCUCAACUGACAGUGAAGUGGAGAUAGUAACAGUUGGGGAAAGCUAUCGGUCUCGGUCAGCCCUUGGACACAAUAGAUCUCACUGGAACCAAGGUUCAAGUUCUCAUACAAGUCGACCACAGGAGCCACGGAACCGCAAUAGAAUGUCUACUGUUAUACAGCCCUUGAGGCAGAAUGCAGCAGAAGUUGUGGACCUUACUGUUGAUGAAGAUGAACCUACUGUAGUACCAACCACUUCUGCGAGAAUGGAAUCACAAACCACAAGCGCUUCCAUUAACAAUUCAAAUCCAUCUACCUCUGAGCAGGCCUCUGACACUGCUGCAGCUGUCACUAGUAGCCAACCCUCCACAGUGUCAGAGACUUCAGCUACUCUCACAAGCAAUAGUAUGACUGGUACUUCUGCAGGAGAUGACUCGAGGAGAACUGCAUCUAAUGCUGUAACAGAAACUGGCCCUCCUGCAAUGCCUAGGUUACCGUCCUGCUGUCCCCAGCACUCACCCUGUGGAGGGUCAUCGCAGAAUCACCAUGCAUUAGGACAUCCGCACACAAGUUGCUUUCAGCAGCAUGGCCACCAUUUUCAGCAUCAUCACCACCAUCAUCAUACUCCCCACCCAGCUGUCCCAGUUUCUCCUUCCUUUAGUGAUCCUACUUGUCCUGUGGAAAGACCUCCACAAGUACAACCACCUUGUGGAGCAAAUAGUACUUCUAGUACCAGCUACCAUGACCAGCAGGCAUUGCCAGUAGACCUGAGCAGCAGUGGUAUCAGAAGUCAUGGAAGUGCUGGUUUUCAUGGAGCAUCUGCAUUUGACCCCUGCUGUCCUGUUUCUUCUUCCCGAGCUGCAAUCUUUGGCCAUCAGGCUGCUGCUGCCGCUGCCCCGAGUCAGCCAUUAUCAAUAGAUGGUUAUGGAUCAAGCAUGGUUGCCCAGCCCCAGCCCCAGCCCCCUCCACAAGCCUCACUGUCAUCUUGUCGACAUUAUAUGCCACCUCCUUAUGCUUCUUUGACAAGACCACUUCAUCAUCAAACCUCUGCCUGCCCCCACUCUCAUGGAAACCCUCCUCCUCAGACUCAGCCUCCACCUCAAGUGGAUUAUGUUAUUCCUCAUCCUGUUCAUGCUUUCCAUUCUCAAAUAUCGUCUCAUGCAACAUCUCACCCCGUGGCACCCCCACCUCCAACUCAUUUAGCCAGUACAGCUGCACCAAUCCCUCAGCAUCUUCCUCCCACACACCAGCCAAUUUCACACCAUAUUCCAGCCACAGCACCUCCAGCACAAAGACUGCACCCUCAUGAAAUGAUGCAGAGGAUGGAAGUUCAAAGAAGGAGAAUGAUGCAGCACCCAACUGGUCUUUUUGUGUUCUGUGUUUCCAGGCGGGCACAUGAACGCCCCCCACCCCAUCCACAUAGGAUGCACCCAAAUUAUGGUCACGGGCAUCAUAUUCAUGUGCCUCAGACUAUGUCCUCACAUCCUCGACAGGCUCCGGAGAGAUCUGCCUGGGAACUGGGAAUUGAAGCUGGAGUAACUGCAGCUACUUAUACACCUGGAGCAUUGCAUCCUCACUUGGCCCAUUACCAUGCACCACCUCGGCUUCAUCACCUGCAAUUAGGAGCUCUACCUUUAAUGGUUCCUGACAUGGCAGGCUAUCCUCACAUUCGUUACAUUUCAUCAGGCUUGGAUGGAACAUCAUUCAGAGGUCCUUUCAGGGGCAAUUUUGAGGAACUUAUUCAUUUAGAAGAAAGAUUAGGAAAUGUUAAUCGUGGAGCAUCCCAGGGGACAAUUGAAAGAUGUACAUAUCCACAUAAAUACAAAAAGGUAACAACUGAUUGGUUCUCACAGAGGAAACUGCACUGCAAACAAGAUGGGGAAGAAGGGACUGAGGAAGACACAGAGGAAAAAUGUACUAUCUGUUUGUCUAUUUUAGAGGAAGGUGAAGAUGUGAGACGCCUUCCCUGUAUGCACCUUUUCCACCAAGUGUGUGUUGACCAGUGGUUGAUCACCAAUAAGAAGUGCCCCAUUUGCAGAGUGGACAUUGAGGCCCAGCUGCCAAGUGAAAGUUGACACCAUGUUUCAGAACUCUUCCCCUCCCUCUCAUUCCCACCCUCCUGGUACUGCAGUCAACCAAAGAUGGCAUGACUUACCUGCGCAGAUUCGGAAGCCUUGAACUUAAGAGUGCUGGCUCUGCUACAUGGUACAACUAAUGCUAGACCUACAGUUUAUGUAUACAGUUGAUUUUGAUGUAUUUAUAAAAGCUUUUUUUUUUCUAGAUUUGACAUUUUUCCUGUAUCAUUUUACUGUAUUUUUGCAUGGUUCCUUGUAUUGCAUUUCUUUGCACAUAUUAUGGGCUUGUGACCCUAAACUUGCAGGCAAG